CAAACCCUAACUUUAGGUUAGGGGCGAAGAUGGGUGUGGUGAGAUUGAUCACCAGGCUCGCAAAUCCCGCGCAGCGAAGGCAUUGGGUUCCAAAGAAGAAGAUCUUGGGCACCCCCGAGCUCAAUCGGAUCUACAAUGGCCCUGGCGUGGAUCAGGACUACGUGAAUAGCGAGAAGUACAAGACCGAGAUCCUCCAAGCCAAAGCUCGGAUUUUCAACUACGUGAUUGGGAAUGGAUUGCGAUCAGGCCACAAGAUUCUCAGGAGGAAGCUCAUCGGCCCGGAGCUCGUCAAGUGGUACCCAUUCCCCUUGCAGCAUUUGGAUCGGCGAUUCAAGGAUCCAACUGAGGAGAGGCGAUACCAGAGAUUGCAAAGAUUGAAACGAGCGGGCAAAGGAAGACCCAAGAAAGGCCAAGGCAAGCGAGCGACCGCCAAAGCCAGCAAGAAGAAAUAGAGUUUCUAGGGUUCUUGAGAGGGAUAGGAGUUUUAGGGUUCUUGGGGAGAUCGAUGGCGAUGGCGAUGGCUCUAGGCAGGAAAUGCGGCUUGAUCCCGCGGCAAUUGGUACAGUUCUUUCGUUUC